AAUGUUCAAAAAUUUUUCAAUAAAAUAUAUACUGAUUUUUCAACAGAGUCGCGUCAUUCGUGAAAAUCGGGAUUACGAGUUUCCGAGUAUUCUAUUUCAUGCGUGUGUCAAAAAUAUCGUGAAUCAAGAAUCGAUAUCAAUUUCACUUAUCAUUUACAUUAUAUAAAACAGUGUUUUGCAUCUUUAACGUGAACCAUGAAUCGACAACUUGUCGGAGCAAAGUCAUUAAGAAAGCGGCAAUGUUUGGACGUACAGCAGGAAAUUGCAGCUGGAGAUUGCACAAGUCGAACGGAAUCUUUUCGUUGUAGUAAAAUGCAAAACAAAAUAUUUCGGGAGCAAUCAAGUGCGUCAUCUGUCAAUAAAUAUAUGAGUGUCGAGGAAAAACGCAUCGAUAUACCGAUAGUCGACAAUAAAGAAUUCAGGAUGGAUUUGAUCGCGCGCAUCGAAGCUGUUACAUUAAAAAUAAUUAACCAGAUAGCUGCUGGACAACCACCUUGUAUAUCGUACUGCAAUAUUGAUAAAAGUAUUGCUACAAAAAAAUCAAAUUUGUGUGAGAAAAAUGUUCACGCAGAGUGCUCAAGCAGUCUUCAAUUAAAUACAAUAUCCAACGAUUUUUCGUCCAAUUUUGCCGAUAAGCAAGACACAGGAGAAAAAAAUAGUUUCGAAAAUUCGAAAAAAACCAUCGAUUUCGCAAUAGAAAACAGCAGAAAUAAAUUUACCCUAAUGGUGAUGAUAUUAUCCGAAGUUCAUCAUUUGUUGUUAACAAACACAACCAAGACGAAACGAUCGUUUUACUACGAUUUGAAGAAUAAAGUAACGAAAAGUUUAAUGCUCAAUCAAAGAUCUAUUGAUUGUGCAUUGAAUAGUGUCGCUAAUUUAUUAGAUUGCGCUCCAUGGGAUUUGAGAUUUUUAGCAAUGACUAAAGGAUUAGUGGCAGGAAAUAUGACCAUCACACUAAUCGACAAUCGAGUUAUCGAUUGUGCGAUACUAGGAGGCGUGCAGAUCCCACAGAUUACUUUAAACGCGACUUCAAUUCGUGUAAAGGCCAACUUUGUCUUGGUUAUCGAGAAAGACGCGAUUUUCCAAAAAUUGCUCGAGGAAGACUGUCCACGUAUUUUAAAAUGCAUUUUAGUGACAGGAAAGGGCUAUCCAGAUGUAAAUACCAGAAUGCUGGUUAAUAUCCUGUCUGAAAAAGUAGGCCUACCGAUUUACAUAAUCGUAGACGCGGAUCCUUUUGGUGUGGACAUUAUGUUACUUUAUCGUUUUGGCUCGUCGAUCCUUUGCAGACAGAACAAGUGUUUGGCUUGUCCUAAUGCACGCUGGCUCGGAAUUCAUCCUUCAGAAUUAACUAUUUUAGGAGUGAAAACAGUCUCGCUCACCCAGAUCGAUUCCAUGAAACUGAAAUCCAUUGAAACCAAGACUUACAUAAACGAUGCUAUAUCAAAAGAGCUAAGCAUAUUGAAGAAAGGCAAGACCGAUAUAGGGGUAUUGUCCUUUACAAGAAACUUUCUCACAGCAACGUAUUUGCCUUAUAAGAUAGACGGCAAAAAAUAUAUUUAAAAUAUUAUAUUUUC